CCCCAGCUCGGCUCCCCUGAGCCCCGCCAGACCCCGCUCCGCCCGCGCCCCGCUCCGCUGCCCAGGCGCCCGCUGCCCAGGCUCCCGCAGGCCCGGAGUCGGCCCCGCUGCACCCUCCCCGGGGGCCAUGGGGGCGCCCCCGGGCUACCGACCCUCGGCUUGGGUGCAUCUGCUGCACCAGCUGCCCCGCGCCGACUUCCAGCUCCGCCCGGUGCCCAGCGGUUUCGCGCCCCAAGAGCAGGAGUACCAGCAGGCCCUGUUGCUGGUGGCAGCCCUGGCAGGCCUGGGCUUGGGCCUGAGCCUCAUUGUCAUUGCUGUCUACCUCAUCCGCUUCUGCUGCCGGCCCCCGGAGCCCCCCGGGGCCAAGAGCGCCACCCCCGGGGGAGGCUGCGUCACCUGGAGCUGCAUUGCUGCCCUUCUCGUCAGCUGCGCCGGCAUUGGCAUCGGUUUCUAUGGCAACAGCGAGACCAGUGACGGAGUGUCCCAGCUGAGCUCUGCCUUGCUGCACGCCAACAACACACUGAGCGCCAUAGACCACCUGGUCUUGGAGAUGGUGGAGAGGCUGGGCGGGGCCGUGAGGACAGAGCUGACCACUCUGGAGGAAGUGUUCACGCAGCGCACAGAGCUGGUGGCUGCCGCCCGAGGGGCUCGGCGGCAGGCGGAGGCGGUGGCCCAGCAGCUACAGGGGCUGGCCUUCUGGCGGGGAGUGCCCCUGAGUCCCCUGCAGGUGGCCGAAGAUGUGUCCUUUGUGGAGGAGUACAGGUGGCUGGCCUAUGUCCUCCUGCUGCUCCUGGAGCUCCUGGUGUGUCUCUUCACCCUCCUGGGCUUGGCGAAGCAGAGCAAGUGGCUGGUGAUUGUGAUGAUGGUCAUGAGCCUCCUGGUUCUCAUCCUGAGCUGGGCCUCCCUGGGCCUGGAGGCAGCUGCAGCUGUGGGCCUCAGUGACUUCUGCUCCAGUCCGGACACCUACCUCCUGAACCUGACCCAGGAGGAGACUGGGCUCAGCUCAGACAUCCUGAACUAUUAUUUCCUCUGCAACCAGGCGGUCUCCAACCCCUUCCAACAGAGGCUGACUCUGACCCAGCGAGCCCUGGCUAACAUCCACUCCCAGCUGCAGGGCCUGGAGCGCGAGGCUGGCGUCCAGUCCUCCUCGGCUCAGGAACCUCUGCUGUCCUUGGAGGAGACGCUGAAUGUGACAGAAGGAAGCUUCCAUCAGUUGGUGGCGCUGUUGAACUGUCGCGGACUGCACAAGGCAAGUUCUGUUGGCCCUUCAUCUGAAAGUAUCUGGACUGUGAGCAUGGCUCUUACCACCACUGCCACCCUGGUCACCCUCCCCACGUCCCACCUGCCGGCCACAGGGCCUUUCCGUGGUCCCCCUGCCUGCCCGCCCCAUCUGUCCUCCCUGCAGUGGCCAUCUGCGGGGGCCCUGGCCACCACCCUCUGCAGCCUGCCCCGCGCCUGGGUCCUCUUCCCACCCAGUGACGACUAUGAUGACACGGACGAUGAUGACCCUUUCAACCCUCAGGAGUCCAAGCGCUUCGUGCAGUGGCAGUCGUCCAUCUGAGCCCUUCCUCCAUGCCAGACUGGAGUCUGUCCCCCCUCUCUGUUCCCCCCCUGGCUGCCGGAGAAGACCCCACUAACCCAGCCUGACUGGGCUUUCACCACUAACACCACCCCUGGCCACGGACACCAGACAGGGCUCCUCUGCCUCUGCGUGCCCUUGCCCCUGGGAGCAAGUGGAAGGGACAGGCCAGGGUCUGGGGCUGGCAGGAAGGGGCAGCCAGCCAGCCCCAUACCUCCCACCCUGGCCACCAGACCCAUCCUUGAAGGGACAUGAGUGCCCGGCCCCUGCCGGGCCCCAGUGGGCUUAGGGCCCUGAUGCCAGCUUGCCACACUAACUUGGGAAUGGGUUGAUCUGAAAUAAAAGGGAAGACUUUA